UCAAAAUAAUAAAUAUACUUUAAAGUAUAAAUUCACCUACCAAUAUUUAAUAGACUUGUUAUUUAAUUGUUUGUUUUAAAAUCAAUAAACAAAAUAAUAGAAUUAUUAACAAAUUUUGAGUAUAUAAAUGUAUUGAAAAUGCUGAAUAGCUUUCGAAAUACGAUUAAAUAUUUACGAUUUUCUGAUUUGGCUUUAACGGCAAACAGUACAAAGCAAUCUAAGACCUUAAAUAUUCCAUAUAAAUUGCACGAUAACCAUGAAUUCAUAUCAAAAGCUAAGGCAAUAUACUUCACUCCUAGAUCUAUCAAUUUGGAGAUAAAUGAAAAGCCUACUAUAAAUAAAACAAAACGGGAUCCCAUUUCCUACACACCAAUAGUUAAUCCUAGAUCGAUUUUACCUUUAAUUGACUCAGCAUGGAAGAAGGAUGAAAUAGCUUUGCCAACUAUUGACAGGGAAGAGAAACAGGCAGUACGGCUUAUUGUGAUUAGAAGAAAAAAGAUGAAGAAGCAUCAAAAGAAGAAGUUAUGGAAAAGGAUGAGAUUUCGCUGGGCCCGGGUCAAGAACAAUCGUAAAAUAAAAAAAGAGAGACUGUUUCAAAGUGAACUGGCACUGAUGGUAAAGCAGGCAAAUGAGUUCUCGGCUGAAGAGUAUGUAACCAACAAGAUCCAGCAAGCCAACCAUGUGCCCCUGCCCACACGCUGGAAACAUAAACGACUUCCACAAUUCAUUAUACGACAGUUGCUCGGCAUUGACAAGAAGAUUAAUUACAAACAUACAGAUGUUUAUAAAGCUUAGGAGAAAAUGGUAUUGAAAUUGUAGUGUUGUGGAAUGAUUUAUAACAAAUAUCUGAGAAAUUUGCUUGAAAAAUAGAUGUUCUUUUAACCCAA